AUGGUGGGGAGCUCGGUGGAGGGAGGAGCGGACGGAGAUGGGGGCUGCUGCGGCGUCGGGGACACCUCGCCCGGGACCAUCGUGUGGGUGCGUCGGAGGAACGGGUCCUGGUGGCCCGGCAGGAUCCUGGGCCCCGAGGAGCUCCCACCGUCGCAGAUCAUGUCGCCGAGGUCCGGCACGCCGGUCAAGCUCCUCGGCCGGGAAGACGCAAGCGUGGAUUGGUACAACCUUGAGAAAUCAAAACGUGUUAAAGCAUUCAGGUGUGGAGAGUUCGAUGCCUGUAUUGAGAAGGCAGAGGCCACUCAAGGGACUGUUGUGAAGAAAAGAGAGAAAUAUGCACGGAGAGAAGAUGCUAUUCUUCAUGCACUUGAAUUGGAGAGGAAGCAGCUUGCAUCAAAGUAUCAGACUCAAGGUUUCAGACCUGGACCACCUGGUAAUAUUUCUGCUUGCACAAAACAUCGCAAAGACCUUGGAAGUACUCGCUACAAGAGUAAAAAGAGCAAGAAGCGCAAAGAUGCAUCUGUUCCUGCUGAUGUAAAAAAAGAAGUGGGACAAUGUUUUCUACAUGCUGGUUCGAAGAGAAACUUUUCAGAAUCUCUUACUCAAGGAAAUGUUGUCAGUAAUCACAUGGGUGAUUUAUCCCAUUUGAGACAUUCUCAUGGAGGUGCCACUUUAGAGAACAAGGAGAGGAGUACAAUUGUGAAGAAAAAUAGAUCGGACGGAAGUGAUUUUGAAGAUUCUCUUGUUUCAAAAUCAGACAGACGCAGACCACUUUCUCAAGUAUUGCAGAGCAGUGAAAACUUGCCUCCUCACUUAAAGCAAAGCGAUGAUUUGGGGGCUUUGUUAAUUGGGGAGAAUAAUAAUUCUUCACUCGCCACCUCCCGGUCCAGAAGAAGUAAAUAUACAUACAUGGCUAGUGAUUCUGGUGAAACUCAGAGUCAUAGUGAUUUACCUUCUAUAAAGAUGUCUUCUACUGGAGCUGAUUUUGAGAAUGAAAGCUAUCUUCGGCAUCCUGGUUAUUUUUCUGAGGAGCACACUUCUUCUGACUUUGUUGAGAAGCAAAUAACUGAGUCUUCAGAGAGGGAAUGCUCAGAAAGUGAGACUGAAGAUGAUGCUGAACUUCAGCAAAAUGCAAGCGUAAUUCUACCUAUAGAAUCUUGUGCUCCUGAUCCGUAUUCUGUUCCAGUUUCUGAUAAGUUCAAGCAUGUGGAUUAUGAUGACAAUGAGGUGACAUAUUCUACUUAUGUGCCCCAGUUGAAUGAAUCUGAGGAAGAGGAUGGUUAUUCUGAGCUGGGUGUGUCUCAGUGGCACAUGAAAGGAAAGCGCAACAAUCGUAAUGCCGCGAAGAGAUUAGUGGAUAUGAGAGAUGGAAAUAUAUGGUUAAACAAAUACAAUGGACCAUUAAAAGGAUCUUUGCAUAACACAAAUGGUGGGAAUCCCAGAAAAGAAAGUAUGCACACAUCUGGUGAGCAGUUUUUUGAGGAAAGCUUUUACCAAAUUAAGGAGGAGCCCAAUUAUGAUUCUGAGGAAACUAAUUUAUUUGAGGACAUGAGCCAUUCAGUGGCUAACUUGUACUAUGGUAAAAAAUACCCUUCAUCCUUGAGAACCACAAGAGAUCUUAGCCGAGGCUACAGUUACUUUAAUGACUAUUUGAAUGACUCUUCAAAUGUUUCUCCCCUAAAUAUGGACGCUGAACGGAUAUAUCAUGUUGAUCGGAAUGCACAUUGGGAUGGACCUUCAUUUUACCAAAGGAAGUUGACUUCACGUUUUGGUGGCAUGCGACCAAUGUUGUUCAAUGUUAACCUCAAAGUUCAGGCCAGCUACCAAGGAGAGCAUGUCCCUCUUGUCUCUUUAAUGAGCAGACUUAAUGGCAAAGCAAUUGUUGGACACCCUAUCCAAAUUGAAAUAGUUGAAGAUGGUUCCACAGAUCAUCUGGUAUUCUGCGGUGAUAGUGGUAUGCAAGAGAGCACAGCUGCUCCACCUGCUUGGCCAACAGGUAGAAGAACUGCCAUGCAAAGAGUUCCCCGUUCAAAUCCAUCAGGGGCACUGUUGGAUGGCGAUAAUGAAGGUGGUCUUGUGUAUUCUGAUUAUGAGAUGAAACCAACCUUAAGAAAGUACUCAUCUUCUUCGAAUCACCAGGUUAAGGUGAGUAAGAAAAGCAGUUUGAAUGCUAGGAGGUCAUCAGCUAAGUCCCAUAAGAAGUCAUCCAAGAAAACAAACCUUAGAGCUCUCUCUUCCAUUUCCACUGCAAAAAAACACCAUGGAGAAGGUGGCCGAGCAAAGGCACAUUGGCAUAGUGACAUAUUUGGUGGUUUAAUCAGAUCAGAAGGAGCAGUUCCUCUAGUGACAUGUGUCCCAACGAAGGUUGUGUUCACUAGGAUAUUGGAAGCAGUUGGCAGGCCACCUCCAUCUGUCGCUCACCGUGUUAGAAUGGCUAGUCCUUCAGUGCGAGAUCCUCCGUAG